AUCAUCACCUCAAGCCCAGUUUCUAGUUCCUGAGAAGCAAAUGUCAAGAUCACCUGUAAAUAUGGGUAUUGGCAGGUAUCGCCAACAUCAGCUGCAGCAAACGGUCGGUCAGUCGCUGCAAUCGCAGCAAAUUCAACAGUCUAUGUCAGAAACCAGCGCGUUACCCGAUACGGAGGCGGACUUUGAGGAUAAGAAUCUUUCUUGGUUAUUGAAUUUUAAGUUUGAUGAGUUCCCCCACCUUUCGCCGGACUUGGGUGGCAAUAGCAGUAACAACUUGAAUACGAAUGUAUUGCAAGUGGGUGGCCAACAACACAAUAUCUCAUCGCCUACAUCAUCGCACAAAUCGAAUUCCUGUUCACCGCAGUCCUCCUUGUCGACAUCAACGUCACAUUUAGGCGUUCAGCAGUCGGUAAAUGACUACACCCGUUCACCAAAAAGUUCCACAAAAGCUGGAAAGAAGUUCGAGGAACUGGUUAUGGAGGUCACCGCAGAAGUGGAUGGAAAUGAUAUGAUAGUCGCUGAAAAUGUAGUCGUCGAAUACUCACCACAGAGAGCGCCAAAGAAACCACCAUUUACGUAUACAGAACUCAUCGAAUACGCCCUCGAGGAUAAGGGUGAACUAACGGUUUCGGGGAUAUAUCAAUGGAUAUCUGAUCGUUUUCCAUAUUACAAAUCGAACGAUGAUCGUUGGAAGAAUUCAGUGCGACACAACCUCUCGAUCAAUCCGCAUUUCCGCAAAGGUCUCAAAGCACCCCAAGGAGCCGGACAUUUAUGGACAAUAUCAAGUGGGGAUUCAGCAGAGAAUGUGCUGGCGUGGGAACAUAAGAAGCAACGACUGGAUUUAUUCUUCAAAAUGGAGUCUAUGAACCGCGAACGCCUGCAACAGCAUCAACAGCAAAUGCAGCAACGCCAAAGCUGCACCUCACCACAUCCGGAUUGCCAACAACACCAUCGACAACAACAACAACAAAGACAGCAACAGCAACACCAACAACAACAGCAAUGUGUCUAUGAUGAAGCCGCCACAGCAGCUGACACAAUCAAACGAGAAAUGCUCAACAGUAGCGGCGACGAAGGCUGCAUCCAGAAUUGCAAUAACACUACAAAUAACAACAAUCAAAGGCUCGAGAGCACACAAUUGGUGCACGAAUUACCCUUUAACGAUCUGAUGAGCGACGAAGAACUUCGCAAGACAGCUGGACAAAUCUUGAAUGGCAUACAUCGCGAAGUUGAAGUACAAUCGGUGAACUCUAUUAUCAGCACCUAUCAGGAUGUGCUGCUGGACAAUGAAGAUUACCUUAACCCUAUACACAAGGACAUCGCCGUACAUGAGAGUGGCUUACGUAGCUCGAAUGCAACACAUCUGCCAAGCGCCUCAUACACACAGACGCACAAUACAACGAACUCACAGUAUUAUAUCACAGAAAUCGAUCCACUCGAACUGGGCGUACAAAUGUCGCAGCAAGUGGGUGCGGAGGAGGUACUUUUCAGCGAUGAGUUCAAUUUGAAUUACUUUGGUUAUAAUGGCGCUAACGAUAUUGUUGCCUGA